UUCAUGUCCACAUCUUGAAGCAUCUACCCCUUCAUGGUCUUCUCUGUGUAUUUCCUCUCAUUUUUCCCUCCACAUCUCCCUUAGUCUCCUCCAUAAGUUUCUGCUACCUUUCUCCUUAUAUAUUUCUUCCCGUCUGCCUCAUCCUCCAUAUAUACCCUCAUUCCUUUCUUCAUACCCUUUUUUUAUCUCCCCAUCUAUAUUUUCCCUGUAUAUUUAUGUUUCCCCCAACAUCCCUUCCAUAUAUCUUUUCCCAUCUGUAUCUCCCCAUCUUCCCCUCCAUCAUUCUCCCCAAGGUGAUGACCUCUGUUCUUGAUUUCUUCAGUUGCACUUCCUCCUAAUGUCUUCAUUUUUGUUCUGUAGUAUCUCUAGAAAGCAUUCUCUUGAUAUCCUGUACCUCAUUCUCUGUCUUGUUCAAGUUUGUACCCUGUUCCCCUGCUCUACCUCUCCCCUUUCUCCCUUCUUUCUCCCAGGAUGUCUGACCUUUCUAAAUCCAUUAGAAUACCUUUUGUUCCACCCCACAUUCCCAUUUCCACCUCAGACCCUGACCUGGGAUCUAAAGGGCUGAUGGUGUCCUUCUCUUUGUGCAGAUGACAGCCGUCUAGAGGAGCUUAAGGCCACACUGCCCAGCCCAGACAAGCUCCCUGGAUUCAAGAUGUACCCUAUUGAUUUUGAGAAGGAUGAUGAUAGCAACUUCCAUAUGGAUUUCAUCGUGGCUGCAUCCAACCUCCGAGCAGAAAACUAUGACAUUCCCCCUGCAGACCGCCACAAGAGCAAGCUGAUUGCAGGGAAGAUCAUCCCAGCCAUUGCCACAACCACAGCAGCCGUGGUUGGCCUUGUGUGUCUGGAGCUGUACAAGGUAGUGCAGGGGCACCGACAGCUUGACUCCUACAAGAAUGGUUUCCUCAACUUGGCCCUGCCCUUCUUCGGCUUCUCUGAACCCCUUGCUGCACCACGUCACCAGGUGGGGGCCUAUAUCGGGAGGUGGGUUUGUGGGCAGGUGUGUCUGUAGAGCUGGCUCUGGUUC